AUGGCAACCCGAAACAUCACAACUCCACGGAGUAUCGCGAGAAACAUUGACGAGCGCGAGGCCCAGGAGAGGCGGGGCGAAGGCGGGACCGCAGGGGGAAAGUGGGCGGAGCGAGAGAGCUUCCGCGAUCCCCGGUCGGAAGACGCUCGCUUCAGGCGGCGCCCCCGCGUGACUGCGCUUUACAUAAUCGCGGCCCCGCGCGUCACACGCUUCCCCUUCGAGGCGCUGUCUCAGGGGCAGCAGCUGUGCAAGGAAUGCCGGAUUGCUCACCCUGUUGUGAAGUGUACCUACUGCAGGACUGAGUACCAGCAGGAGAGUAAAACCAAUACAAUAUGCAAGAAGUGUGCUCAGAACGUGCAGCUGUAUGGAACGCCUAAGCCUUGUCAGUAUUGCAACAUAAUUGCAGCAUUUAUUGGCAAUAAAUGCCAGCGCUGCACGAAUUCAGAGAAGAAGUAUGGACCUCCAUAUUCUUGUGAACAAUGCAAGCAGCAGUGUGCGUUUGACAGGAAAGAUGAUCGAAAGAAGGUAGAUGGGAAGUUGCUGUGUUGGCUGUGCACACUGUCUUACAAGCGUGUCCUUCAGAAGACCAAAGAGCAAAGGAAACAUCUGAGCAGCUCUUCUCGAGCCAGCCAUCAGGAGAAGGAGCAGUACAGUCGCCUGAGUAGUGGCAGCCAUUACAACAG